AUUGGCUCGUUCUUAACAGUCGCGAAUCAUCUUUACUGUAGGGUAGAUGCUUGUAUAGCUACCUGAUUAAAAAGUAAUUAUUAAUAAUAGUUAUUAACAAUAUUCCAAGUGUUGUGCCAGAGACUUAACGUGUCCCACAGUGAUAUUUAUUAUUUGUGAAAAGUGACUUGGAAAACCAGAAGCUGGAAACUUUAUUAGUGUAUUUUAUUAUUAGCAAUUAAUUUUGCUGCACAAUAUUAUUUAGAGCAUCAUCGUACAAGGAAACAACGCAAGAUGCCUCGGGGGCAACUGGUUCUACCCGCCUGCAUGUUUGGCGCCUUUGUGAUUUGGGCGACGGGGUCGACUGGCCAGUUUAUCCCAAACCUGAACAACGCGUGUUACGCCUGCCUGUGCCAUGUCGCGACAAUGUGCGACAUGUCGAACGGAUGCGUCGGCGGCUACUGCGGCCCUUACAACAUCUCCAGGGUGUACUGGGUGGACGCUGGCAUGGUGGUGCUGCCUGAUGACGUCCCUGAAAGAAACCACGCUUGGUCAGACUGCGCUCGGAGUUUUUCGUGUGCUAAGAGGAUCAUAGCAGGUUACCUCGUAAAAUUUGGGAAAGACUGCAACGGCGAUGGGGUGACCAACUGCUUCGACUACAUGAUGGUGAACGGCAACGGCGGAUACGGCUGCCACGCGCCUCUCAACCGCUCCGCCAACGGCCGCCGGUGGCUCCAGCGGUUCGACCAGUGCCGGCUCUAGAACGUUCUAGAACGAAACUACAACUUAUAAGUCUACUUGAUCAGCAGUCAGCACCUACGUGGUAUACCACCUACCAUUAUCACCUUCGAAGCAAAUAGUAAGGUCGUUUGUUGGACGCUACCUUGGAGUGGGUCGCCAAACUUCUGCUAGUUGUAAGCAUAGGGUAGGACUACUUUUUCAUGAAAACUCCUUUAUGCUAGGAUAUGAACGAGUGAACAUUUAUAUUGAGAAUUCAAUGUUGCCAGGUAAAAUUUGUAUUUCUAUAAGCUGGACCAUUUUGUGUAUGUAAUGUUACAGG